AUAGAAAAAAAAGCUCGCGUGCUGAGUAACGGUAUUUGACGUAGUUGUAAAUACAUUUUGGGAUAAGCAAUAAGUAGGUAGGCAGAAUCUAUAGGUAGCCAAGGUAAUAAUGCGUUAUAUAUGUGUGCCGCGUCGCGUAGUGGCGAGUAGUGGCAUAAACGAGCCGAUCGCGACGUCAAAAUAAAUAUACAUGCGGUAUAGGAAACGAUGACGGUCGCUCCGCAGUAAUUGGGCGCGUAAUUAAUAUUUUACUAUCCACAUCGACGAGCUAUAAAUAUAAAAAAGUACGCCGAGACAGAGGCGCGUGUACAAGUAUGCUGUACGAGAUAGGCAUUGGGAAUACGAAUAAGUUCCGAGUAGCCGAGUAAUUGUAACGGGCCCCGCCGGCGAAUAUGCGCGAAUAUAUAUAAAAGUCGAGUUCGGGGGCAGUUCAACCGAGCGCACAUCCUCGCGUAUACAUAUUAUAUUUGCAAAAGUGGCAGGUACGCACACAGGAGAAAGAGACAGAGUAAAAAAAAGAGGAAAAAAUUUAUAUGCUCCGCGGAAUCGGUGAGCGCGCGCCAGCCUUAUGAAUCGCUUCAUUACUCGGUGCGCGCAGCGACAGUUGCAGGACAAGCUCUAUAAGAGGACUCGUUGAACUCGAAUGUGAUAUGCUAAUUCGUUUGAACCCGGCGUGCGCUGAACUUUGCCGGUCGUCGAAAAGAGUCGAAAUUCGCCAAAUCGUUAUUAUCCGGAUGUUCGAUUCAACCGAUUUCCAGGACAUCGCAUAUUUACAUAGAGCGAUUCGUCGGAAAUCGUUAUCACGCCGUAUAAUAAUCGUAAUCUACAAUCCAUUUAUCGGAAAUCGAGCCGAUCGAGGGAAUUAGGCGGCGCAACUCGCGCGCGGAUGCGAGAUCGAGGCUAACAAGUGCCGCUUCUUCUUAUACAGGCGCAGCUAUAGUACAUACUGCAACUCGCGCGGAUAGGAGGACAAUUAUUGCAUAUUUGGAAUAGGAAGCAGUGCGGCAGGGAGUCGCGUGUGCGUGCAAGAAGCCGCGAGAACGCGAAUAAGUGCGGAGUAGGAGAAUUUCCUGCGACGAGUUUGCAGUCGCGCGCGCACCGAUCGGCCGUCAGUCACGCACGAGUCGAGACAGCUCGAGCAUGAGUGCAGCUCGUCGAUGAGCGAGAGAGAGAGAGAGAAGAAGAAGACGGCUUGAGGGGAGUUCACGUAGUUCUUUUUUGCGAUGAGCUCGUCGAGGAAAACCGCCGCUGUUGAGUGAACAAUGAUUCUGGCCGGUUUCCUUCUGCUGCUGGCCCAUCACCUCGUGACAGUCCGGACCAUGGAGGACACCGGGGUGCAGGAGUCCAGCGACGCCUACCUCCGCAACGUCGUCAGCGAGUUGCAGUUUCUCAACGGGAUCGUCUCGUCGCCGGCGUCUCAUUCCGAGCCGGAGGAGAUCGUUCUGCCCCCGUCGACGCCUCCCUCUCGGCUGGAUUACCAGGUGGCGAACAUCCCUCAGACUUAUCGGCUGCCGCCGCCGCCGCCGCCGCCGCCACCACCACCUCCUCAGGUCACGCCGAAGAGUGUCCCGUCCUAUUCCCUGGAUCAGCAUCAUCAGGUUGAACGGGCUCCGUCGCGGAAUCCCAUGCUCCUGGGAUUCACCCCCGCGGAACUCGCUGCGAUGUACAAAAAGGCCAUCGAACGCGGGGCAGCCGUCAAGUACCAGUCGCUCGUUAACACGAUCAACCACCAUGCGCCGAAGAUAUUCGGCGCCCCGUUCGAACUCGCGGGAGAGGCUCGACCUCAUCCUAUUGCUCAUCAGGAGUCUCAAUACGCUUAUUACUUCUAUCCUCUUCAGUCGUUUCGUCACGAGCUGACGGAUCCUCACGGAUACCAUACUGUGCCGAAUUAUAAAUAUGACUCCGCGCCGGCGGAGAACACGAAGAAGGAGACUAGUUCGAUGAACCCCAUCCUGGUGGGCAUAAGCAGCUUCCUGGGAAUGGCUCUGUUCUUCAUGCUCAGUCUCUUCUUCUAUCCUAGAUUUGUGCAUUACAUGCAUUUCCCCUUCGUCACGACGUCCAGAGGGUUUAACAACGAAUUAACGAAUCUCACGCAUUUCGUCACCGAAGCUAUCGAUUACUACAACAGCUACGCGAAUAUGAAACAAAAUAAGUACCAGCGAAAAUCAUAGCCUCUUCUGAUACUAGUCUUAGUUAAAUUCUUACAGAAUACAGGUCGUUCGAGCGAUGAAUAAUCGAGAAAAAAUGAUUGCUUACUAGUAAUCAGUAUCCAGUUUUAUUGAUACAACUCUUCCAGGUUCUGUAUAAUUUGCUGUAUAUGUAUAUAUAAAUUUUUAUUUACAAAGAGUCAAGAAGCCGUUCAAGAUCCGAUCCGCUGUCUUCGUCAGUCAGAUGCUCGCAGUCCGAUUAUAAAUAUAGCGCAUACAAUAGAAUAAAGCUUAGAGAAAUUAAACGAGCGUAUAACAAUGAACUUGACAGACGCUAAAAUUACCUUUUUAAAAAAUUUGUCUUACACUUAAAAUCACGCUAACAAUGGCUCAAGCCAGGUAUAAAAUUAAUAUGUAUAUAAAUAUAUGUAUACGUGUGUAUAAAAAAACCUACUGACGAUUCGAGUUACUUUAAAUUUACAAUGAAUUUCACGUUCUCAACUUGGUGUAAUACGAUGAAACCAAAAAAUUAUAAUAUUUAUCAUAUCAUAUCACGAAAGAAAGAAUUAUGACUUCGGUGAAACAUUGACUAGAAAAAUAAAAUAAAAACAUAAGCAGCGAUAGAAAAUAAGACAGAUCAUUUCUCAUGCAUUAUCUCAAGUACUACUCAGUAAUGUAUAAUACAAGAAAUAAUUGUAAUAAUAUAUUACCUAUGAUUAAAGUAUAAUAUAAUAAUAGCAAAAGUGUAAUCAUUGCUUGAUGGCAUGAUGAAGGUAAUAGAGAUUUUAGUUAUGAAAUAAUGCGUAAUAAUAAUAAUAGCAAUCUUCUUACUCUAAAUAUUCGCAAAAGUUGAGACUUUUUCGAUAUUACCUAUUCAGUGUAUUACAAAUUCAAUUUUCUAAUGGUUCUAUUCAAAGAUGUUCUUUUGUAUAAGAAAUUGUAUAAAAAAUUAUUCGUCUGGAUCGAUAAGAGCCGAUUAAUAGCCAGACAAAAAUACGUGACCGAUAACGGGCUCUAUAUGCGAAGAAGGCUAGCGUUUCCUAAAGUGACCUUUCUUCGACCAAAUGUCACAAUGCAAGUUGUUCAAUAAAAGUACGUCAGUCUUUCCGUAGGAAAUAUUUGCUUUUACGUACGCGCGUAUGGGCUAAUAUGAAUAUGCAUAUAUUAGCUUCUGUACGUCCGCCCACAUCAAGUUAAGGUUCCUCAUACAAUGUCCCUUUUUCUAAUACAAAAUUAUGCAUUUUCUUUGCACGCGCACGCUGUUUCUUAAUGCUUAUACAAUGUGAUUAUCAUUCGGUAUUUUAAAUAACUAAUCGAUAAUGAUAUUGAGUAAAAAAUCUAGGAUUUACGCGGCUUAUGUCAAUACUAAACUGACAUUAAAUCAACUUGUCAAUGAAUAUUCGACAUACAAUCUUUUGCGAAAUCUUUAGCAGUUCAAAAAUAUCCAUGGUAAAACUUUGGGUAUCUUUCAAAGUUACAUUUCUUAUAAAAACUUUUAGAAAUAUAAAUACAAUGUUUUUCCUCCGUUUGUCACGCAAGGUUCCUUUAUCAGUACAAAACUAAGCGAUUUAGUUGAGAUUUCGUAAAAAAGAACUAUUGUAAAAAAGUAUUUAAGAAAAUGAUUUCCUUAGAAAAAAUGUGCGUAUGUAUGAGCGACAUAAAAUGUAUCCCGUGCUCUAUGCAGUAGAAUAAAUUUUAUGCUCAAGUU